AUGGCCAUCAUUCACUUUGGAAGCACAUCCCUUGCCCAAUGGGGUACACGACCUCAGCUUAUGCCGAGGUCAUUAAUGACAAACAGAAUAGUGAUGUGCCAAUACAGCCUAGACAGCAGGAUGAGCCAUCUAUCAGCGCCAAGUUCGAGCUUCUUAUCACGGGAAUCCUUGCCUGUGAUAUCUUUUAUGGGACCAUCCAAAACCUUGCGUCAACGUAGGGGAUCACGGUUUACAGUUAGAGCAGAAGCUGACUUCUAUUCUGUACUUGGAGUGUCAAAGAAUGCAACUAAAUCUGAGAUUAAAAGUGCUUAUCGGAAGCUUGCAAGGAGCUUUCAUCCAGAUGUGAACAAAGAUCCCGGGGCAGAGCAGAAGUUCAAGGACAUAAGUAAUGCAUAUGAGGUCUUGUCCGAUGAUGAGAAACGAUCUUUAUACGACCGAUAUGGCGAGGCUGGGAUUAAAGGCGCUGCUGGCAUGGGAGCAUCGGAUUUCAGCAACCCAUUCGAUCUAUUCGAGUCGUUAUUCGACAUGGGCAACAUGGGCGGUAUGGGAGGCAGGGGAGGCUCCAGAAACAGGGCAGUCGACGGCCAGGACGAAUACUACAACCUCGUGUUAACAUUCAACGAAGCAGUCUUCGGCGUCGAAAAGGAGAUCGAAAUCUCCCUCCUCGAAAGCUGCGGCACCUGCAACGGCUCCGGAGCCAAGCCCGGAACAAAGCCAACGAAAUGCAACACCUGUGGCGGGCAAGGACAGGUCGUAACUUCAGCUCGAACUCCCCUCGGCGUCUUCCAGCAGGUGAUGACCUGCAACACGUGCGGCGGUGCUGGGGAAACGUUCAGCCCGUGCAACACAUGUUCUGGCGACGGACGAGUCAGGAAGGCGAAGCGAAUCAGCUUGAAAGUACCCGCUGGAGUGGACUCUGGCAGCAGGCUGAGGGUUCGGUCGGAAGGCAAUGCCGGGAGGAGAGGUGGUGGCCCCGGCGACCUCUAUGUGAUGAUCGAGGUCAUCCCAGACCCUGUCCUGAAGCGUGAUGGUACCAACAUUCUGUACUCGUGUAAGAUCUCGUACGUGGAUGCGAUAUUGGGGACCGCGAUUAAGGUCCCGACGGUGGAUGGGAUGGUUGAUCUGAAGAUCCCCGGCGGGACACAACCCAACACUACCUUGGUGAUGGCGAAGAAAGGCGUCCCGGUGUUGAACAAGAGUAAUAUGAGAGGGGAUCAGCUGGUCCGGGUGCAGGUCGAGAUUCCGAAGAGGCUGAGCAGCGAGGAGAGGAAGCUUGUUGAAGAACUUGCUGAUCUAAGUAAGGAGGGUAGUAAAACAGCCAACAACCGGAGAUAG